AUCGCCAGAUAGACGCGGUCUACAUUAGUUUCGAGAAUCCGAUUUCCCUCGAGAAAGAGUACUCUUUUUUCUCGAAAACUUUCUCCCAGGAAUGCCGGAAGUGAGCCAGGUCUUAAGUCCAAACUCGGCCGGAAGUUGGGAAACCGUAGUGAGCGAUAAUUUGCACGAGUUCGAAAUUAAUUAAUUUGUACCAAUCCUUCCUUCCUUAAUCACAACUCUUAACAAUAAAGGCGCAGUCUUUGAUAAUCGUUUGAAACAUCCAAGACGUCCUAUUUUUUUUUAAAUCCGACCGGAAAUUGGGAAAUUGUCGAGAGCCAUAAUUAUCACGAGUUCGAAAUUAAUAAAUUUAUUCCAAUUCUUCCUUCCUUAAUCAGAGCCCUUAUCAAUAAAUUCGCAGUCUUUGAUAAUCGUUUGAAAAAUCGAGGGCCUCCCAUUUUUUUAAAAAGCCAGCCGAAAGUUGGGAAACUGUAGUGAGCGAUAAUUAGCACGAGUUCGAAAUUACUAAAUUUGUUCCAAUCCUCCCUUCCUUAAUCAGAGCCCUUAUCAAUAAAUUCUCAGUCUUUGAUAACCGUUUGAAAAAUCGAGGGCCUCCCAUUUUUUAAAAAGCCGGCCGAAAGUUGGGAAAUUGUAGUGAGCGAUAAUUAGCACGAGUUCGAAAUUACUAAAUUUGUUCCAAUCCUUCCUUCCUUAAUCAGAGCCCUUAUCAAUAAAUUCUUAGUCUUUGAUAAUCGUUUGAAAAAUAGAGGACCUCCCAUUUUUUAAAAAGCUGGUCAGAAGUUGGGAAGUCGUCGCGAGUGAUAAUUAUCACGAGUUCGAAAUUAAUAAAUUUAUUCCAAUUCUUCCUUCCUUAAUCAGAGCCCUUAUCAACAAAUUCUCAGUCUUUGAUAGCCGUUUGCAAAAAUCGAAGACCUCCCAUUUUUGAAAAGUCCCAUCCAAAAGUAAUUCCUAAAUUUUGGGUACCGGAAGACGUACCAAGACCUUGGGGUACCCAAACUUGGAGGAUCCAUAUUUUGGAUUUGGAACAAUGGCCUCAGGAUACGACGACUGCUACGAUGCGUCUUGGCACCUGAUCCCUCCCGACUACGUGAGCAACGAGGAGGACUACAGACUGCUCGAAAGCAUGAAGAUGCCAGCCAGGACUUCCGGUUUCCACAUCAGCGACAUCCUCGAGCUGAACGACCCCAAGCCGUCGCACGAUGAUGCCGAAAUUCAAGGAGGUAAUACGAUUUUGCCGCCCACCACUGAUGUUCCUUCGGCGUAUCAGCAGCUUUUGGAACACACGACGGCGAUGUUGCAGCCCUCUGUACAUGCAAAUUUAACCAGGGGUUCGUUACCGCCACCACCACCCGGUUUGCUAGGAUGGCCGACGGGACCGACUUUGCCGUCGGCGAUGCCUCAACCCCUGGAAGAAGUCAAUGUUCUUCAGCAGCCCGACUCGACCAGCCCGACGAUUUCCGACCUGAGUUUUCCAUCUCAGCAGGAAAACGGGCAUGAAUCCAAAGACGAGGAGCAGGAGUUCGAGGAAGAGCAGCAGACAAACGAGUCCCAGUCCCACGAGGGCGAGCAUAAAAAGAGGAAGCGACGAGUCCUGUUCUCCAAGGCGCAGACCUACGAGCUGGAGAGACGAUUCCGACAGCAGAGAUACCUCAGCGCUCCAGAACGCGAACAUUUGGCCUCCAUCAUCAGAUUAACCCCGACCCAGGUCAAGAUCUGGUUCCAGAAUCACAGGUACAAGACGAAGAGAGCCGCGACCGAGAGGGUGGAAGCAGGCGGUAGUGGGUGUUCUCCAAGGAGGGUGGCGGUUCCGGUGCUGGUCAGGGAUGGGAAGCCUUGUCAGUCCAAGCUCAUGGAACCUGCGGCAUAUCCUGGGGCAGGACAGGUGCCGAUGGCUCCCUAUAUGCAGAAACCAUACUGGUGGUAAUUUCCGAGGAGUACCUAUGUUUUAUCGUUGGAUCGACUUCGACCUAGGUGCAGAAUCAAGAGGUGCAUCCUGCAUAGGGAGUGGUGGUUCCAGUGCUGAUCAGGGAUGGGAAGUCUUGUUAAUCCAAGCUUAUGGAACCUGCGGCCUAUCUUGAUGGAGGGCAGGUGCCGAUGGCUCCCUACAUGUAGAAACCAUCCUGGUGGUAAUUUCCGAGGAGUACCUAUGUUCUACCGUUGGAUUGACUUCGACCUAGGUGCAGAAUCAAGAGGUGCAUCCUGCAUAGGGAGUGGUGGUUCCAGUGCUGAUCAAGGAUGGAAAGCCUUGUUAGUCCAAGCUUAUGGAACCUGCUGCCUAUCUUGAAGGAGGGCAGGUGCCGAUGGCUCCCUACAUGUAGAAACCAUCCUGUUGGUAAUUUCCGAGGAGUACCUAUCUUCUACCGUUGGAUUGACUUCGACCUAGGUGCAGAAUCAAGAGGUGCAUCCUGCAUAGGGAGUGGUGGUUCCAGUGCUGAUUAGGGAUGGAAAGCCUUGUUAGUCCAAGCUUAUGGAACCUGUGGCCUAUCUUGAUGGAGGGCAGGUGCCGAUGGCUCCCUACAUGUAGAAACCAUCCUGGUGGUAAUUUCCGAGGAGUACCUAUCUUCUACCGUUGGAUUGACCUCGACCUAGGUGCAAAAUCAAGAGGUGCAGAAUCAAGAGGUGCAUCCUUCAUAGGAAGUGGUGGUUCCGGUACUUAUCAGGGAUGGGAAGUCUUGUUAAUCCAAGCUUAUGGAACCUGCUGCCUAUCUUGAUGGAGGGCUGGUGCCGAUGGCUCCCUACAUGUAGUAGAAACCAUCCUGGUGGUAAUUUCCGAGGAGUACCUAUCUUCUACCGUUGGGUUAACCUCGACCUAGGUGCAGGUUCAUGAGGUCUUGAGAACCGGGCAGAGGGAACUGCGACCAAGAUGGUGCAAGCAGGUGAAAAUGGAUGUUUUAUGGAAACCAUCCUUCAUGGGAAGUGGUAGUUCCAGUGCUAAUCAGCGAUAGGGAACCGGUGCAAGAUUAUAGAACCUGCAUCGCGCCAUCAUGAUCAUAUUGCAUCGAGGUCAUGGUGCUGGGGAAAAAAAAAAAAACAACCUGAUGGUUACCAAUACUCGAGAACCGUACUGGUGAUAAUUCCUAAGGGGUAUUCGCCUCUGAAGGUACUUUCGAAAAGAACUACGACCAAUAUGUUGCACGCGAGUUAAUGUGGGUGAUCCAUGGAGAACAUCCUUUAGGGGGAGCGAAGGUUCCGGGACUGGUAGGAGAUGGAAAAUUGGUGCAACAUCGUGAUUUUUGAUUCGUGCGUCGUGACUUUAGUGCAUGGAGAUUUUGGUGCCGGAACAGUAUUGAUAGUUACCGAUACUCAGGAAUCGUACUAGUGGUCAUUCCUGGGAUAGUGGGACGAACUACUCGAUCCUAGAGAACGGAGUCGCGAAGUGCGGAAAUUUAGAUCCUUUGAACGAUUUCUUUCUAUGCUCGAUUCGGAGUUUGGAAAAAGGACCUUCCGUGGUGAUCGCGACUUCUAUCGAAACCAAAGACGCGAUCUUGGGCCUCGUUUAGAUCCCCUUGUUUAAAGACACCCAGUGAUUGCGGGGACAUCUUUAUAUAAAUACGUAUACAUAGAUAGAUAAUUGAAGGAAACGUGAGUUUUUGUACAGGUGUUUAGAGGUGUGAAGAGUUCAAAUUAGUCAUAGUUCGCAGACGAGGUUUUUGGGCUGAUUGAGACAAUUGUCCUGUCAAGGGUCAACAGUCAAGCGGCGAAAUCGUUCUUUAUCAAAUCUUGGGAUGGAGAUAUCUACCAAGAGGAAGCAAUCUUUCAAUUAAUUUUCAUAUAACAUUCCAAUUAAUUUUCAUAUAACAUUUCAAUUAAUUUUCCUUAAUCCUCCAAAUUUCCGGAGAUUUUAGUAAAUUUGAAAUAUUGCGAAAUAGUGUCGUCGAGAUCAAGAUGAAAUGGCCUGCUGAUAUGUUAGUCUCGCUGUUUGAGAACAUCUUCGGCUACUUGAUAAGGACGGUUUCGACGCGGAAUUCCUGCGUUAUCAGUGACGGACGUUUUUCACGAAGAUAUUUCCCGAGGACGGCAGAUCGAUGAGUUUUUGCGGCGAAAUCGGAUUUUUGUUCGGAGGAAUCGAAGGACGAUCACCGCGUUCGAAUUUUUCUCUGAAGCGAUGACGUCUUUUUUUUUUUAGAAAUUAAUAAAAAUCUCCUCGGUCACCUUCCGUUGCGCAACUUCCUCGACGACGUGAUGCCCUCGCGUAAUAUCUGCGAUGUCCCGGGACUGUUUAACGAUAAGGCGGUAGAUAAAGGUCUUCUAUCUGGUACACGUGGGCAAAAAUUAUAAAAGUUGGCCUCGAAGAAAUGUCAACUUUUUUCUUUUUUUUUUUCUCCUUUCUUUUUCAUACUGGCGGCCAUCAAUCACGUACGCGAAUCGAAAUGCCGAGUCCAGUAUUUGGUGAUAAACCCCGAUUCGAGCUGCAACAUCGCUUAUGUUUAAUUAUCGUCAUCAGCAGAUACAAUAAGAAAUGUCGCCUUCGAAUCUAUGGCCCUAAAAAAUGAAAUUUUUCCAAUUAAUUGUCCACUCAUAGGCGGUGUUGCGGAACCGAAGUCGCCUAGAAUACAUCAUAGCUGCAAAAUACGACUUGCAUUGCGGACGUAAUGUCGGUGUGGUGUAAAGUAGUACCUGUACUUACGUUCUUUUUUUCUUUUGCGUACUAAGAGUGGGCAUGAGAAUAAUUCACCCGUUCUCAUAUCCGCCGCUAUCUUAAGAUGAUAUGAAAGUGUCAUGUAUACAUACCAAAAAGUGGAAACAUCGAUAAAACUUUUCUCCAUAUUGGGGGCACCGAAUCAUUUGAAACUUCAUCUAGAAAUUGUGGAGGCCGUAAGGAAGAACGCGAUUCUCGUGAGAUUUUAUUGUUCUAGAAAAGAAAAAAAAGAUUUGUAUCUAUCUCGGACAAAAACCAAAUGUGCCCAUAAUUAUGAAAGUGGUCUAAGUCAAAAUUAAAAAAAAAAUGAGUAUCAGUUAUU